ACCUCUAUAAAGACACUCUUAAAAGAAAAACCCUAGUUCCUACCCUCCCCUCAUUUUUCUCCUUCAAGCUCAGCCUCCGGCCUCUCUGACGAUCCCAAAAUGCCUUUCAAGAGAUACGUUGAGAUCGGGAGGGUCGCCCUCGUCAACUACGGCGAAGACUAUGGCAAACUCGUUGUCAUCGUCGAUGUCAUCGACCAGAACCGAGCUCUUGUGGAUGCCCCUGAUAUGGAAAGAUUCCAAAUGAAUUUCAAGAGGCUCUCUCUGACUGACAUUAAAAUUGACAUUAAGAGGGUUCCUAAGAAGAAGGAAUUGCUUGAUGCGAUGGAGAAAGCUGAUGUUAAGAAGAAGUGGGAGAAUAGUUCCUGGGGCAGAAAGUUAAUUGUUCAGAAGAGAAGGGCUUCUCUAACUGACUUUGAUAGGUUCAAACUUAUGUUGGCAAAGAUUAAGAGGGCUGGACUGGUAAGGCAAGAGCUCGCAAAACUGAAAAAGGAGAAUGCUUCUUAAGCAUAGUUUUUAUAUCUGUUUCCCAAUUUUGUUAUGAAUUUUCUGCUGUUGUACUUUAGGAUGGUGAGAUUGUUUCAAUCAAAUCAGAGUUUCAGAGCAGCUUGAGUUUUUAUAUAUUUCCGACAAGACUUAAUUGAUAGUCAGUUUUGUUGGUUGACCUUUUCUUAUCUGGAUGUUCAUGUUACUCAAUAUUUUAAUCUUAAUAUGGGUAUUCAUCUUUGGAUGGUUGCAUAUCGUUA